AUGAGGUCGGGUCUUCAUUCGAAUCAGUUGACAGUCAUUUUGAGUGUUUUCCAGGUAUCCGUUUACUUUUUUGUACCCCCCGAAACAUUUGUGCCUUUCAGAUAGCCUUCCUGGUGAUAUUCGCACUUUUCGGAAGGUAUCACUCGAGUGCCCUUCCGAGUAAAACCGCAGACAAUGGCGACGGAGCAAAGGCGAACGGACAGUAUCCACUGUUCCAGGACACCCAUGUCAUGAUAUUCAUCGGUUUCGGCUUCCUGAUGACUUUCUUGAAACGCUACGGAUUCUCGGCGGUUUCUAUCAACAUGCUCCUAGCGGUGUUCACAAUUCAAUGGGGUCUGAUUGUGCGUGGAAUCGCCACCUCUCAUGAUGGAUUCCAUUUUACCAUUUCUCUGGAGCAACUGCUCACCGCCGAUUUCGCCGCCGCCGUCGUGCUCAUUUCGAUGGGGGCAAUGCUCGGCAAACUGUCCCCCACACAGUACGUCAUAAUGGCGUUCAUCGAGACGCCCGUGGCUCUGAUCGUCGAGCACGUCUGCGUGCACAACUUGCAAAUCAACGACGUCGGCGGUUCGAUCGUCGUGCACGUCUUCGGUGCGUACUUUGGAAUCGCGUGUGCGAAGGGAUUCGGGCGCAAGGAGCAGCGGAACCAUCAGAACGAGGGAUCCACCUACCACACUGACAUUUUCGCCAUGAUCGGAGCGGUCUUCCUUUGGGUCUACUGGCCGUCUUUCAAUGCCGUUAUGGCUGCCACCGAUGAUGCGCGUCAACGAGCCGUCGCGAACACUGUGCUCUCCCUCUGCGCGUGCACUAUUACGACGUUCUUGGUCUCUCAGGCGGUCGACAAACAUGUAAGAUUAUUUUAAUUCAAAACUGUCACUAACAUGUUUUUUUGUUUAGAGACGCUUCGAAAUGGUGCAUGUGGCCAACUCGACGCUGGCCGGAGGAGUCGCCAUCGGAACCACCGCUAACGUCGUCUUGGAACCAGCGCAUGCGAUGAUCAUCGGAUGUCUCGCCGGUCUAAUUUCAGUACUGGGCUACAAAUACAUUUCGCCAAUGCUUUCGAGCAAGUUUGGAGUUCAUGACACAUGCGGAGUUCACAAUCUCCAUGGAAUGCCCGGCGUCCUCGCAGCAUUAGCGUCGGUCGCGUUUUUGUUCGUUUAUGAAGAGUCUCAAUACCCAGGACAGUGAGUUUCCUUAAAACUUUUCUACCUUAUCAAAGUAUGUUUAGGUAUGACAAAAUCUACCCGGGAUUGUCGCGCGACGCAGAUGGAAAGCGUGCUUUCGAUGAGAAGAGCCAGGCGAUGAAUCAGCUGAUGGCGAUCGGACUCGUACUUCUCGCUUCUACAGUAUCUGGAUACAUUACUGGACUUCUACUGAAAGUGAAAGUGUGGGAUCAAGUUCGCGACGAAGAAUACUAUGCGGACGGGGAUUAUUUCGAGACACCGGGCGAUUACGAUUUCACUUCAAGAGUAAGCGGGACUGGUAACUGGGGCCUGCUGUCAUUUUGAUAAUUUCAGAUUGUGACAUCGGUUGAGAAAAUUGAAGUUGCUGAAUACAACUCUCUUAGUCAGAAAGAAGUGUGA